GAAAUGCCCCCGUGUUGCUCCAUUUCUGGGCGAGUGUGGACAGUGAGAGGCGCAGAUGUUGGCUGCGGAAGGGGACGGCAAUCCCAGUCCAGUCCUGGACCAGGAGCUGUCUUGUCAUCGGGAUUGAGUGGAUCCAGGGCACCAGGUCCAGGACUCUGCCUCAGCUCGUGCUGCUUCUGUCCCACAGCUUCCUGAACCCCAACCAGCUUGAGCCAGCGUGGAAGAAGAUUGUGAGACCAAACACAGGCAGGACGAGGAAGCAAAGAGACCCCAGAAAGCAGAAGUGGGCCCUGCAGAGAGGACCCUCUGUGAGAGACUUGAAAUUGUCCCCCAUCACAAGCCUGGCAUUUCUGUGAGUGACGUCUGUGCUGCAGACAUGACCCCAGGGGACGGGAGGCUGUGGCUACCAGCAGUGCUGCUCCUUCUGCAGGUCCCAGGUUGUUGGUCUCUGCGUGGCCCCACCUCUGUGAUGGGCACCGUGGGGGGAUCCCUGAGCGUGCAGUGUCAGUACGAGGAGAAAUUCAAAGAGAAUGUCAAGUACUGGUGCAAGACCCCAUGUAUAGGGGAUAUUAUGAAGACUGAAGAGGCAGACAAAGAAGUGAGGAGUGGCCGUGUGUCCAUCAGGGACCAACCUGCAAACCUCACCUUCACAGUGACCUUGGAGAACCUCACAGAAAGUGAUACAGGAACAUACCGGUGUGGGAUCGAUACAUCAUUGCUCCCAGAAUAUUUGCUCGACCUCACCUUCCGAGUUGCGCUGUCUGUGACCCCAGGUCUUCACUGGACCCUGCUAGACCCCACACAGAAGACCACGACCUCGCAGGAGUCCCCCAGUUCCAGACAACAUCCUGGGCCCUCACCUAGGAGUCAUCCUAUUGAAGACCAGGCUUCUAAGGGAGAGGAGAGGUCCCUGCUCAGCAGCAUCUACUUCCAGCUCCUGGUCUUCCUGGAGGUGCCCCUGGUCCUAAGUAUGCUCAGUGCUGUCCUCUGAGGGAACAGGCCUCAGAAGGGAUCUGGGGUGGGGAGGUGGCAUCAGCCCAAUAACUAAAGUCAGUAACACCAAUUGCCCCUUGACGACCCACCAGGAACACAACUCAUCUGAUGGAUGGGAAUGGCCUUCUGACCAACACAUCCAGCCACCGUCCUUAUUUCAUUCUGAAUACUCUGUAAACUCUUUUGUAACUUCCUUGCAAUCUUUCAUAGACAAAAAGAAUGUUCUCAAUAAAUGCAUACUCCUUACAGCCC